AUGGGUCGUGGCUUUAGUUUUCGACUCUUGUAUCGAGUCGUUUUCUUUUCCUUCUGUCUGAUUUUCACCUGUUUUUAUCAUGGUGGUGGUUCAGAGUAUGACAGGCGAAAAGCCAAAACAGAACCGAAAAAAUUAAAAGAUGAAUUCAAAGGUAAAGCCUUGAAUGUUGAUGUUUCUCUCGAACAAGACGAACGCGUCUCUAACUUGACAGAAAAUGAUAAACAAAUUGAUCGCCGCAAGGCGCGGAAGAAAACUGAUCUUCCAAAGAUGGUUAGAAAAGGUAAAUUUUGAAAAUGUGAGAAUGUUAGCACUUCAGAAAGAGUAAUUGUUAACCAUAAUUUAUUUUCAGGAACUGCGAUGAAAACACUCCGAAGUCAAAGAAUGGAAAAGAACCCAGUACUGCCUUUUUCAACUUCACCGCCGUCUGAGUUAAAUGUUCCACGCAAAGAAUCGACAACCAUCUUCCACUCAAAUGAGACAGAAUGGCAAAACGAUGGCAGUAAAAAUAUAUCUUCAUUGGAAAAUCAAACUUUUCACGAGAAUCACUUGAGAGAAAUAACCAAAAGAGAAACGUUCGCUUCACUCACAACUCAACAUCUCCGGAACAAACGCGAAAUUGAUGUGAUCUUGGAAAGUCCGACCGAAUGCGCCAAUUUUACCUUUACUAUAAAAUACGAAGAUAACUACAGAGUAUGGAACAAUUUUUCAAUGAUGUACCAAAGCCGAAUGUAUAGUUAUAACGAGUACAGAGUAAUGGACGACGGUCCACAAGUUUGUAAUUCUUCAGACCCCUUUAUUAAACAAAGAUGGCGGGAUUUGAUUGCUCGGGAAAAGGAAGUGCUGGCUUCCAAACAUUGUAAUGUAUCCAUGGACGGAUUUCAAUAUCCCAAUUACAUGCACAUUAUACAAAAAUUUUACUGUUUUCUUCAAAGCUACUGA